CGGCUUAUCCUCGCCCCGAUGGUCGGCGGCAGCGAGCUGGCCUUCCGGCUCCUCGCUCGGCGGCACGGCGCGCAGCUAUGCUACACGCCGAUGAUCCGGUCCGAGGAGUUUGCCGUCCCACUGCUGGAGCGCCACGCCGACGACUGCCCGCUGGUCGCCCACUUUUCGGGCAACGACCCGCUGACGCUGCUCGACGCUGCGAGGCAGGCCGAGCGCUGCCGCGGCGUGGUGGCGGUCGACCUCAACCUCGGCUGCCCUCAGCGCGCCGCGCGGAGCGGCAGGUUUGGCGCCUUUCUGUGCGACGCCGCGGACCGCGCGCUGCUGCUCCGGAUCGUGAGCACGCUGUCGCGCUCGCUGUGUAUCCGGCUGCUCGACGAGAUCGACGAGACGCUCGCCUUCGCGCAGCAGCUGCAGGACGCGGGCUGCGCGCUGCUCGCCGUGCACGGACGCUACCGCGGCUCUCCGAUGCGCCGGCGGGACGGGCCGGCGCACCUCGACCAGGUCGCCCUCAUCAAGCAGAGGCUCUCCGUCCCGGUCGUCACGAAUGGCAACGUGCGCAGCGGCGCGGAGCUAGUCGAUUCACUGCUGCUCACGGGAGCAGACGGGGCGAUGACGGCGGAGGGGGCGCUCGACGACCCGGCCAUCUUCGCG